UUUUUGGAGCUUCACACCGCGGUGGGGGAGGAACGCGGACAGGAGGAAAGUAAAGCAAGCGAGAAAGAGAGAAAUAUCACUCCGGGAUGCGAACGUAAGAGUUUUUCGCUUUCUCAGUCUCUCCGGACGCGGAAAAGAAAAAGAAGAAGAAGAAAAAAAAGAACCCCACCAGAGUUUGGCUUUCUUCCUUUUUCUUUAAAUGUUUUGUAUCUGUUCCGUAGUUUGAACUGGAUACUUCUGAAGGGGAUUUACGAUCAAAGAAGCGGUAAAAGUUUUUUUUCCCCCCUUCCUUUCUUUCCUUCCAUCUCCUGCUUUUCUCUCGAGGAGAGCAAACCGCGUCCAGAGAGGGGGGAAAAAAAGAAGGAAAGAAAAAGAAAGGAGGAAGAAAAAAAAAAGGAAAAAAGAAAAAGCACGGGUGGAAUUCUCAGCAGUGGAAAGGUAGCCUGUAACCUGGCGAGUCCUUAAAUCCAAACUCGUACACGCUUUGGAUUUGCGAUAACAUUUUGUUAUCGACAAACACAACACACCUUUUUUUGUUUUGUUGUUGUUGUUGUUGGGGUCCCCCCCCUCACCUUUUUAUUUUUUAAUUAAAAAAAAAAUCUGUAGAGCCGAAUAGAGAACGAAAGAUAAUACGGAAAUAAAUAACCUAACUUUCUUCUUUCAACUUCUUCUACAACGCCUGGAGAAGAAGAAACAUUACCUCAGAGGGGAAGAACUGAUGUCCUAGCUGUGUUUAUGGAGAGCUGCUCCAGGCAACGAGCUCUGUUGUAGAGGAGCAUGAUGAAGAACACAAUGAAGGUCAUGCUGCUGCUGUUCUCGGUUCUUCUAGCCCAGCCUCUGCAGGGCCGCAGCAGGCCGGCCAGCCCAGAGCAAGUUGCCCUGUUAGAAACCGCUGUGUACACCUUGUACGAGGGAGAUAAGCUGGAGUUGAAGUGUAGGAGUAAAGAAGAGCCUCAGGAGGUGAGCUGGACCAAGGACCAAGUUCUCCUCGCUGACGGGGAACACACUCAUCUACGCAACGGUCAGCUGGAGAUCGAGGGCGUGGAACUAGCCGACUCGGGCCUUUACGGCUGCUUUGCCCGAGGCCCUGCAGGCAACCACACGGAGUAUUUUAACGUCAAUGUCACGUAUGCCCUGGCUUCAUCUGAAGAUGACGACGACGACGACGAGUCUUCUUCAGAGGAAACGAAGCAGUCCAGCAGCCAGAAGUUACUCUCAAACAGCCAAGAGCUAUCGCCAACGGCUCCGGAGUGGGCUCAGCCUGAUAAGAUGGAGAAGAAGCUCCACGCCGUUCCAGCCAGCAGGACCGUCAGAUUCCGCUGCCCGUCCAUCGGUAACCCGACACCCACGCUCAAGUGGCUGAAAAACGGCAAGGAGUUUAAGAAAGACCAGCGAAUAGGAGGCUUUAAGCUGCGAGAGAGCUUGUGGGCGAUCAUAAUGGACUCGGUGGUGCCCUCAGACAAAGGCAACUACACCUGCGUGGUGGAAAAUAAGUACGGCAGCAUCAACCACACCUAUCAGCUAGACGUCGUUGAGCGUUCGCCUCACAGGCCCAUCCUCCAAGCCGGACUGCCUGCUAAUCGUACGGCAGUGGUGGGCAGCGAUGUGGAGUUCGAGUGCAAAGUCUUCAGUGACCCGCAACCGCACAUCCAGUGGCUCAAACACAUCGAGGUCAACGGCAGCAAAGUGGGAGAAGAUGGUCUGCCCUACGUCAAAGUCUUAAAGACGGCAGGCGUGAACACCACGGAUAAGGAGAUGGAGGUGCUGCAGCUCAAGAAUGUGUCUUUAGAGGACGCUGGGGUGUACACGUGCUUGGCUGGCAACUCUAUCGGCCAUUCCCAUCACUCUGCAUGGUUGACUGUCUAUGAAGCCUUGCCUCCAACCCCGCUGCCCAACCAGACCUACCUGGAGGUGCUGAUCUACUGCGUGGGAUUCUUCCUCAUCUGCGUGAUGGUAGUGAUCGCCGUGCUGGUCAAGAUGCACAGCUCGGCCAAGAAGAGCGACUUCAACAGCCAGAUGGCCGUGCACAAGCUGGCCAAGAGCAUCCCACUGCGCAGACAGGUAACAGUGUCUGUGGACUCGAGCUCUUCCAUGCACUCUGGGGUGAUGCUGGUCAGACCGUCACGUCUCUCCUCAAGUGGCUCCCCCAUGCUGUCUGGAGUGUCGGAGUAUGAACUGCCUCAGGACCCACGCUGGGAGCUGCCCCGAGACAAGCUGGUCCUCGGGAAGCCUCUGGGUGAAGGCUGCUUCGGCCAGGUGGUUAUGGGAGAGGUUCUAGGGAUGGACAAAGACAAACCUAACCGUGUUACCAAAGUGGCUGUCAAGAUGCUCAAAUCUGAUGCUACAGAGAAGGACCUGUCAGAUCUUAUCUCUGAAAUGGAGAUGAUGAAAAUAAUUGGCAAACACAAAAACAUAAUCAACCUGCUGGGAGCCUGCACACAGGAUGGUCCUCUUUACGUCAUUGUGGAGUACGCCUCAAAAGGGAACCUGCGCGAGUACCUGAGGGCCCGUCGGCCUCCUGGUAUGGAGUACUGCUACAACCCAGACCAGGUUCCUGUCGAGACAGUGUCCGUCAAAGACCUGGUGUCCUGCGCCUACCAGGUGGCACGUGGCAUGGAGUACUUGGCAUCCAAAAAGUGUAUCCAUAGAGACCUGGCGGCACGUAAUGUUCUCGUGACUGAGGACAAUGUGAUGAAGAUAGCAGACUUUGGCUUGGCCAGAGAUAUCCACCAUAUUGAUUACUACAAGAAAACCACUAAUGGCCGAUUGCCAGUGAAGUGGAUGGCUCCAGAGGCACUGUUUGACCGCAUCUACACCCACCAGAGCGACGUGUGGUCUUUUGGGGUGCUGCUCUGGGAGAUCUUCACUCUGGGUGGUUCUCCGUAUCCUGGUGUCCCUGUCGAGGAGCUGUUCAAAUUGCUGAAGGAGGGCCACCGCAUGGACCGCCCCUCCACAUGCACCCACGAACUAUAUAUGAUGAUGAGGGACUGCUGGCACGCUGCACCAUCUCAGAGACCUACCUUCAAACAGCUUGUGGAAGACCUGGAUCGCACGCUCUCAAUGACGUCGAACCAGGAAUAUCUGGACCUGUCAGUCAGUCUGGACCAGUACUCUCCCAGCUUUCCAGACACACGCAGCUCCACCUGUUCCUCCGGCGAAGACUCUGUGUUUUCCCACGAGCCCAGCGCCGACGAACCCUGCCUGCCUAAAUUCCCCCCAAAUCCUAACCGCGUAGUGUCGUUCAAAAAGCGCUGAGCACCCUUCACUCGCUUCUAAGCUGGACUUCAUCCAUGGACUGUAGAAGGUAACGCUUCUUAAGGACAGCACACAAUACACAACGGAUGAGGACGGUUUAGGACGUGGCUCGCAUUAAGACUUCAAAGCAUUUGACUAAUCAUUUACAGACCCACUCUAUAGGGCACUUGGGACAAAUCUGAGCAUCUAAAUGGAUAGACUUUUUUGGAUCCAUCUCCCUCAUCUGGACUUAAACAGAAGCCAAAAGAAGUGGAAUUGGGAUAUAAAUGCUGAAUGUUACACACAUUUGGAUAUUUUUAAAAAAAAUUUUUAUUUGUUUCCAUUUCAAAUGAACAAGGAUCUUUCUCCACCACCCUCACUCACACGGAGACACGGCUCCUUCAGAAAGCGUACUUCAUUUACAGGACUGUCACAAAGUAUUCUAACAAAUGGAUUGUUACAAUAGUAAAGUCAUUUGGUUCAAAUGACAUUCUUGUAAAUACAGUUAGAAAUUUAUAAAUAUGAAUAUAUAUAUUUACGCUCUACUUUUAUCUUUAUUACAUUAAUUGAUUUUGUGGCUUUUUUUUGUAUCUGGAUGUCCAGUGGUUCAUUUAGGGGCAUUUCUGGAAAAGGGGAAAAGCAUUUGUCCACAUAAAAAUAUGCUAAUAUUCUAUGAAUUGAUAGCAGGCCAGUUUUUUUUUGUUUUGUUUUUAUUGAUAUUGAUGGUUUUUGUUGUUGUUCUUGAUGUUUUUUUUUUGUUGUUGUUGUUGUAUACUCUUGAUGGUGGUAAGCUAAUGUAGCUCGGGGCCGCUGCUAGCUUCUCAAUGGCAUUCACUACAUCCUCAAGACUAGUUAAGCUAAGUAAUCGUACGUUAUUUUUAGUAGAAAUCAUUCCCAUGUGUUAACGGUUGCUUCUGUAUUAAAAGUAGCCUCAGAAUGGUACUUUUUAAUGUUGUUGAGGUUUAUUUAAUUAAAGAAAAAAAAAGAAAGAAGGAAAACACGCAAACACACCCCAGAAAUUGCGACUUGAGAUGUGCCUUGGGAACUGUAACAUGUUUCGACUUCCAUGUAAUGGAUUGACUGUGUAUAAAAAUUAAAAGCUGCCGUUCCCGUCUUGAGGGGGAAGGAAUUGCGGAUCACUUAUGUCACUGUAAAAGCAUUAUGUUAAAUAAAAAGCUAUUGAAAAACGAA